AUGGAGGUUGGUCAGGCUGGACAAGUUGGUCAUCGUGUCGCGCACUUGUGGCUGGGUCUUACUACGCGUUCAAGGAGUUGCUCGUAUCCAGUUGCGGAAUUUGGCGGCAAACCUUGCUCUGGCAAGUCUGAUGAAACUAAGCCUUGUAAAGACUUUGAUUGUUGUAAGUAUUUUUUAUAAAAGCUUCAGCCAUUAUAUGCCUUGUUCCAACUACUUGACUCCUGAUAAGAUAUAAGGAUGUACUAUAAAAACAGCUUAAGGAUUAAGUAAAAGAAGAAGAAUUUGCGCAUUGACGCAAAUACUAAAACAAUAAACUCAACCGUUAGUUGUCAUCAAUCUCCCAACCAUGAAUGUGCAAUAUAAAUUUACAUCAAUGUGAAAGGCAUUGGAAAUACCAUUUUUAUGCAUUGCUUUCGAUCCGUAAGCCCAGAUCCAAUCUGUCAGUCCAUCAGUGCACAUACUGAUCCGUUUGCCAUGCAGACACCUACGAACGUAAGCAACAAACGUUCUUUUUUAGGUGAUGUUCCUUACAAGGAUGUGGGUUGUUUCAUUGACACUCAACGUUCGCCUCGACCUUUGCCAGAACUUCUGUUUAGUGACAGAGAUAAAAUAUCUUGGAAGAAAUGGAAGAGCUUCAUGUCUGAUCUUAUUUGCAGGUAGGAACAUAAGAAUUUUCAUAUUAGUAGCAAAAUCUUUUCAUUUUUCUACCACAACCCCCUCCCCCCUUCUUUUCCCCUGUAUCUAGCUCCAUAAUAUCUCCGACCGGAGGCAUUAUCUCCUUCAUCUCUACUUAUUAGUGUCUAUACCAUCUGUAUACCAUAUCAUCUCAGCAAUGCCACCACUGCAUAUUUUUUUAUCUCUUCACUCCUUGAAAUUACUGGUCGGCUCUCCUUUUUGUUUCUUAUAGUCGUCUUAGAUAUUUCCUCACAAUUAUGCUGCAUUUAUUGCCCAACUUGGACAAAUUUGCAGUAUAGUUUAAACUGUCAUCUGAACCUCUGUUACUUUUCUUUUAACAGAUGUGCUCAGGAGGCUCGCUACAAGCAGUACACACAUUUUGGAGUACAACAUUACGGAGAAUGUUAUUCGGGUCCUGAAAGUUGGAAGACCUACAGAGACGAAGGCAUAAGACAAGAUUUUACCAGACCUCCUGAUUCACAGCCUUGGGUUGGUUGUGUUGAUGAAUCGUUAAAUCAGUGCAAGCAACCAAGUCUGGAAUGUGUUGGCAAACAGAAUACGAACUUCGUUUAUACCGUUGAUCAAGGUAAUGUGACAACAACAACAGCAAUAAUAAUAAUAAAAAUAACGCCAAAAACACGAACAGCAACCUUGACAACAGAACUAAUAACAGAAACACCUGCAACAACAACGAAACAGAAAUAGCAACAACAACUACGACAACCAUAACAACAGAAACAACAUGCUUCAUUCACAUAUGAUAGCCCGCUAAAAACUAAACAACUACAUACAGGUAAUGAUACUCAAAUUUGAGAUACUAUUCAUUAGAUUUUCCCUGCAUUGUUUCUCAGGAAAUAAUGUUUGAAAACAAAUUGGAAAACUUGUGUUGUUUUACAAGUGUGAUUUUUAUCACAAAAAUACUGUUUUCUGGUUUACCUAAAUCACUUUUUUAUAUGGUGUUUCUUUUCUUCACAGUCAAACCCGUUGAUGGUAACUACAGUGAUUGGACAGCGUGGAGCGCAUGUUCUUCUUCGUGUGGUGCUGGCUCAAGAUACCGUACACGCAGUUGUACCAACCCUGCUCCGUCAUUUGCUGGACAACCUUGUUAUAACAUGGGAGGUGAUGAAGACGUUGAGGCAUGCUUCCAAAACGACUGUCCAGGUACGAUGCAACCUCAAUUUGUUCCUUCCUUUUUCCACGCUUGCUAUGUUUUUCUUCUUUACAAUUUUUGGUACUCUUUCUUCAGUUCUCUCAUUUAGUCUGCAAAUUACCUUCUACCUUCGCCCUUCCAAUUUCUGUUCUAUUUGUCCUCACCUAAACACUUUGCCAAGUACAUGUUAUUACUUGCUGUUUCCAGUGAACUACUAUUUUACUUCGUCCUUUGCCACACUCAACAAACCUUUGCCAAUUGUGAAAAGGGGAACUGGUAUUUCGAUAUCGUAGAAGCCGUCUACCGAUCCAACAACUUUUUCAACGAUUCUAUCAUUAUUGCUUCCAUUGUACAUUAUUGUUCCCCAUACAUUGCUAUCCUUUAUUUACACGAUAUAUUAUUUGUCUUCAUUUACAGUUGAUGGAGGAUGGAACAACUGGGGAGAGUGGACUCCAUGCUCGGCUAGCUGUGGUACGGGUGAGAUCACAAGAUCUCGGCAAUGUGACAGUCCCACGCCACAACAUGGCGGGAAAGAUUGCCCAGGACGUGAAACUGAAACUGUCGCGUGCAACUACCACAAUUGUCCAGGUAUAAAUGAACUUCUGAAUGUAUUUCUGUCCUUUUCUGAACUUGUCCAGUAAUGCCAAAAAAUAUGUUUGACUUAGCUAAAUGUAAUAAUACACCUUUCUGGAAAGUAUGCAGCAUUGGCUAUAGGGCUUCGUUUUCGUGAUUUAAGGUAUUCGAUUUAGAGCGCUUUAUCCUUUUACAGGUGACACAUUUACGAAAUCAAACAGUAAUAUUAUAUAAUAUAAGAGACCUUUAUAUAAUUAGGUCAUCAGUAACAAGAUAAAGGGCUCUAAAACCGAUAUCUCAAUCAUGAAAACGAGCAUUAAACAGCAAUAUCAUAAACGAAGAGCAUAAAAAGAGAAUCGAAAAAGUUGUACCUAGAAAAUCUGAUCUGACUUCCUAUCAUUUAACUGUUUUCUCUCAGUUCGUGGUGCGUGGGCUGCUUGGGCAGCUUGGUCCCAGUGUUCCUCGUCUUGUGGUAAUGGUCAACAGUCAAGAAAGCGAGAGUGCAACAAUCCUAAACCAGAAAAUGGCGGAGAACCUUGCACGGGAACUUCUGCUGUCUUCCAAAAUUGUGUGGAGAAAGAAUGCCCAGGUUAGUCCAGUCUUAAGUUAUAAACUAAACUAUAAGUAAAUUAUACCAGUUCUAAACUGUUCUCCCAAUACAACAAGUAAAGAUCAUCCCAUAUUACAAAAGGAGAAAACUUACAUUUAAUUGUGGAUAAGUAUACUGGAUCAGUGCUGAACUACCCUCUUGAGAAUUCCAGUAAGGAAUGUCUUUUUAGUCCAAUGUUUCUUCAUGAGGAAACAUAAACUAAACUAAAUUUAUUUUGGGUUGGCGAUAACUCAGUCAGUUUUAAACCGCUCUACCUUGAGAUCGAGUAAGGAAAGGCGGGACAGCUCUCUAAGUUCUAAACUGUGCCCUUUAGAAGUCAAAUAAGCGCCAUCUGUCACUUACAACAGGAGAAAAUCUAAGGUUUAGGUAGCCGUCUGGAAGCCUUAUUGUCAUGUGUGACUAAGGAAAACUCCAUACUGCAAUGAUCGGACCACAGUCACAGAUUUGUACAUGCACUAACCUUCACCAAUAUAUGUCUUCGACUACAUCUUCUAAUAAUCACCUUAAUCAUUCCUCUUUCCUCAGGCGUGUGGGGUGACUGGUCAGGCUGGGGCGAGUGCUCAAGAACAUGUGGUCCAGGUGGAACUCAUGCAAGGUCUAGGACCUGUCAAGGAGGACUGUCGUGUAAAGGACCAAGACAUGAGACCAAGCAAUGUCUGCUAACUUGGAACCGACUAAAAUCGUUCGCACGCGGGGUUGCGAACGCGUUCCUCCUUCACGAUGACGCAACACGCGUGGGGUUGAUCACGUAUUCCACGCAGCCGAAACUCGAGUUGCAGUUUGACGAAAAGAAUGAUCGAGAUGAAUUUUCAGAUUUCCUCAACACAGUCACACCCACCCAUGGUACGCCAAACUUGGAACAAGCUCUGGCAAUGGCAAAUGAUAAACUGUUUGUACCUAGUGCUGGCAUGAGAACUAAGGUAAGUGGUCAAAAAUUGCAUAUUUACAAAACGCUCCAGCAUUUAUAUCUCUAUCUAUCUUCUAAGCUCUAUCAAUCCUAAACCGUUCUUCCUAGAGGUCAAGUAAGUACCAUUUUCUAUUGGUUCAAUGUUGCUACCGAAGGAAAUACCCAAACUAAACAUACUUUAUUCAUACUGGAUAGCUGUAUCGCUUUUAAACUGUUGCCCCUUAGAAUUCCAGUAAGGAGUGUCCUUACUCCUGAUUGGAGUCCAGGGUAACUGCAGGAGCAAUUAGCCAAAGAAAACCUUCGGUGUCCGGCAAGCGUCCUAAGAAAGCCUUCGUCUUAGGUUGAGCUGAGUCGUUCGCAAUUUAGCUUAGCUCCCUGCUGCAAUUAUGGCCCCACGUGCGACCGAGGUGAAAUGAUAGUACGAAAAUUGCACACUAUAGGAAUUGAACCUCGAUCACAAAUCACAUGCCCUUACUAUUCUGCUGCCAACACUUUUUGUUUCAACUAUUUAAAACUGACUUGAGAGAACAAUGCUGACUUUAUUCCCCAGUCAAACGAGAAUAAAAUGUGCCUGAGAGUUGUCUGAAUAUGGUCAAAUGCGAACGGGAGUUGCAACUCUCGUCGACUCUUGUCAGGCCUUUAGUAUUUACUUUGUUCUUGUACCAGGUGCCAAACGUUGCCAUUAUUUUGACCGAGGAAGGGCCUCUGAACACGUUCAAUGGUUACAAUGAUAGUUCUCGAGCUCUGAAAGAGAGAGGAAUUACAUUAAUGAGCGUUGGAGUGGGUAACAGAGUGAACCAAUAUGAAUUACAGAGGAUUACAACCAGCCCUGAACGUGCGCUCUUGGUGAACACAUUGGAUGACGCCAUCGCCUCCAUAGCAACCGUUGCCAAUGCAACAUGUUUGGGUAAGCUGACAGACGAGAUAACAUGUGUAAAUUUUUUCUCGGAAAAUGACAUCCUCUUCACUUUUUCUCAUUCUUUUUUUCAUGUCUUCACAUGUCUUCCUUUUUCAUCUUGGGAUUGCUAUGAUCACCGUUUUUCUCAGAGAAUGGUUUUCUUCUCUCUUAUAUACACGGCUAAAAACGAUCAGGUUGUUGCAAUAUUGAUGAAAACAGGAUUGAACAAUGUUUUGCUGCCCACAUUGUUCACAGUUGUCAACAAUAUUGAACAAUAUUGUUACACCCGAUUCAGGCUCAACAAUAUUCAAUAUUGUUCAAUAUUGUUGACAAGUGUGAACAACGUGGGCAGCAAAACAUUGUUCAAUCCUAAACAGCGAGCUCAGCGUUUUUACGCUUGUACACGUGUCGAAACCAUCCUAAGCGAGAAUCUCGUAAAUUUUCGUCAAUAUAUUUUAUCUCGGCCAUCUCUGACUAUGUAUGUUAAGUCACUUCGAUAAUGUUAUUAAUGUAGUGAAUAUUUUAAAGAUAUAUUGAAGUAAACUGGAUUUUCUAUAUGUGCACUCAAAUAUAUUAUAGAGUAAACUAAAUGCAUAAUGGACCUAUUCCCUAACAAAAUUUUGAUCUAGACAAAACGUUCACCACAGCUUGAAAGAGCAUCACAAAAAUAGUAAUAUUCCGAAGUUGGUUGCGAAAUCUUGUAAAAAGCGGAUAAUAUAGCCCUACCCCAGGGUGGAGUUAAAAUUGGACACCUUCUUUGACAAGGAGGAUAUCCUACGGGCGUUGUCCUCAAUGCAGAUAGUAGAUGGUUUUAAUAAUACUCGUAUCGACUCCGCACUCAAGGCAGCUCAGUCAGAUAUGUUUGCUCCAGCGAAUGGUGUUCGCGCUUAUAUACCCAAGGUUCUGGUAUUCCUCGCCUCAGGCGAUGCCUCGGACCAACUACAAUCAUACCGUUAGUCACUGGGGAUCUGGAAACAAAAACCAUUGCACCAAUAGGGUCCAGAGAGUAAAUUUUUUCUUAGUAAUUUGGCCGGUAACGACUGACUAUGGCAUGUACAUACAAUUUGAAGCUUGAAAACUAAAAUAUAAUGUUAUAUGGAGAUAUUAUUGAAUUUGUGAAACAAUUGAAUUUGUAUGCGAACACUUUUUCUUCCCAGAAGGAAAUUUUGUUUUCGCAAGAUUUUUUUGAGGUUGGGGAACGUUUAAUAAGGAAAAGCUAAGAUUUUUAGAUGUUUCCGCACAGAUGUUUCCUGAUUGCACAGGCCUUACGCUUUCUGGUUUGAAUAAAUUUAGGUGGCUCGAACUCAAUACAACAGUUUUAUUUUUUUCUUAUAGCAUCCCUGGCCACAGGUCCUUCCCUCAAACACUCGAACUCUGUUCCACCUCUACGCAUCCACGGCAUUUCACAACUUCUUCUCAAGAGCAAACAACCUACAGCCAAAGGCUCACCACCGGCAAGUCCUCAAGUCAUAGAGACCAACCCAUCUGGUGCAAUACCUACUGUUGUGAAACCACAGCCAGUGGCCAUGCCAAAGGUUGCUACUCAGGAAAAUGUACAGAUGCCUCGCAUUGAUCUGAAGCCAGCACUCAAACCAAUCUUGAAUAAACCAGUUUCAACUAAGAAUGAGAAUGUAGCGCCAGGUGCAGGUAAGAAAAUCAGGCCAUUGUUUAUUUCUUGUGUCGUGAAUACAAUAUAUUGUCAGAAAGCUCUAGGUAGAUUUAGACAUGGUUGAAGAAACAAUUUAAAAUUUUCAUGUUUUUUCGAAUACUUCCCCCGUUGACCACCCUUGGGGGCUGGCUUGUCCAGGAAGAAAGUAUCAUGGCAUACUUGUUCAGUUAACUCAAUUAAAGAGACAAGAUAUCAUGAGAUUGAAAUCUCCGAUACAAUCUUCAAUGUUCAAUGUUCAGACCUUAUUUGAUCUUUGACCUUAGCUAUUUGACCUUAGCUAACCUUUAUAUCUCGUACUGAUCAUUUUCACUUCUUCAGGUCUAUGGAAGGACUGGGGUGCGUGGAGCGCGUGUUCAAAGACUUGUGGACUGGGCAAGAGUACUCGAAUUCGAUUAUGUGAUAGUGGAAAAUGUGGUGAUCAGCGACCAACUCAGGCAUCGCCAUGUAAACUACAAGACUGUAGAGGUAUGGCUUUCACGUUUCGAAAAUACCUUUUCUACUCUCUCAUUUUCAACACAAUAUAUUAAACGAUAUGCCCACACUGUCUUCCGUGCAGAAUAGAUGGUUAAAUCAAAUCUUCAUAUUUUGGUAAAGUGUUUACGAAAUAUACUAUGAAGUCAAAUUUAUAUGAAAUUGAUCUUGUAGUAUAUUUUUGUAUAAGCAGCUAUAGUUUGUGUCUGUCUUUAUUUUGAGACAGUUCAGACAACCACGGGAGCUUAAGACUAAAUUGUAACCGUUAUUACAUUAAACUAACUAUAUUAUCUCUUCAGCUUGCAACCACAAUCUUGACCUUGUCCUCGCGGUCGACUCUUCAGCUGCAGUCCCCAAAGAUGGAUGGCAGAAGAUAAAAUCUUUCAUGGCUGGCAUUCUCGACGCUUUUCAAAUCUCCGAGACCGAUACCCAUGUGGGUAUUCUGACGUUCUCGUCAGUUCCUUAUCUUGAAACACGGCUUUCUGAGAAAUUCAAGAAAAAUGAUAUCACACAACUGGUUCAAAACAUGCAGCAAUUGCAGGGAAAACAACGCAGAAUCGACAAAGUAUUACGAAUGGCCAAUGCAGAAUUCUUCUCGCCCAAAUCUAGAGGAUUCAGACCCGACCAUAGUAAAGCAUUUGUGGUUAUCACCGGAGGAAACCCGACCCAGGGCACUGAGAGUUUGGGCUCGGCUGUAAGACCACUGAUUCAGAAUGGUGUGUCUGUGAUCGCUGUUGGAGUGGGGUCAGAUGUCGAUGAAGGUCAGCUAAGGUCGAUGGGACGAAGGAAGGAGGAUUCGUUCAAGGUUCCCAACUAUAAUGACUUACAGUCGUACGUUUCUGCCGUGGUCAAAGAUAUAUGUCAAGGUAUUAUUGUGUUUAACAAUUUUUAUUAUAAAUGCCAUAAUGCUAUGAUGAAAGAACUUAUCCACAAUUGUAUGCCGUCCACUUUAGAAGAUCAGAUAUGAUUCGUUACUCUAGUUUAGGCAAUUAAAAUUAAUAUAAUCCUCAAACAAUUUAUGACCUCAAACAUUUUAUUUGAUGGCCCUUUAUUUCGACACUCCAGUAUAGUGUCUUCAUGAGGGAUAACUCGCGAAAAUCAUUACAAUCAACAACAGUUAUGGUCAUAGGCAUCCUUUGGAAAGGUGAAACAUAAAUAUGAACCAUUAUGCUUUUAGUAGGAAUGACGGUACCUGCCUUGUUGGGUGCUCGUGGAUGACCCCCGACAAAAUAAGUAAAGCAAAAAUAUUAGAAAAUUUUCGUCCUAAGAGUAGAUAACCUCAAACAAUAAUUGCAUAAAAUGGGAUGUGUUUCAAGCUAAUGUUGAUUUGUUUUUCUUACAGCGGGACAUCAAAAGCCUCCACCAUUACCCGUUCCGGCCCCCAAGAAAGCUGCAUCAAAAGUAGCACCCCCACCGCCGCCACCAAAACCUAAAGACAAGAAGUUGAAGUUGUCUAAUAAAGAAAUUGAAUCGCUGAUUAGUAAGUUUGAAACUCUUUUUGAUGUGAUAUGAUUGCAGAGCUGAGAGCUAUGUAAUAAGAUAGUUUACUUUAGGUUUCCUCCUGCAGUAACACUGGAUCAAUAAGGAAUGACCCUUACUGGACCUUUAGGCACAGACCAAUUAGUUUAGAACUGAUAGAGCUAUCCAGUGUAACUAAAGUUAGUUUUGUUUAAGAUUCUUCCUGUCAGGGACGCUGGAAAGUCGAUAAUUGGGGGGGGGCAGAUAUUCAUAUAUUCAUGUUCUGCAUCAUUUAUUUCCUUUGAAAGCGAUUGUUUUUACAGUCUGUGAACACGAAUAUAUGAAUAUCUGCCCCCCCCCCCAAUUAUCGACUUUCCGGCGUCCCUGCUUCCUGUAGUACACAUUGGAACGAAAAAAGAAAUCGCCCUUACUGGAUCGAUGUGUUCAGUCUAAGAAAUAAAUUUAGUUUAGUUUAGUUUGUUUGAUCUUGGUGCACCUUUACUAUACGCUGAAAGAGAAACAAACGUGAAUUAUGAUAUAUUUGCUUUUUAGAUAAGUGGGGAACGUGGAGUGACUGGGGGGCAUGUUCUCAGACGUGUGGAGAGGGGAAUCGUGCGAGAUCACGUGACUGCGCGGGAUAUAACUGCACUGGACCGUCAUUAGAGAAGGAGGCAUGCUUUGUACAGGAUUGCCCAGGUAUUUCUCAUUUGAAAAAUGUGUUCCAAUUUCGAUAGACGUACCUUGAGUAUGUCUGAUAACAACAAGUGACUGGAUGGCAUGGAGAUCAGUGGGAUUUUCAAACCAAUGAAAAUACAAUGGAACAUUCUGAUCACUGAAUCGUGAGUCUAUUUUAUCUUAUUGUAUCUUUCUCUUUAUUUCUGCAGAUUGUCAAAAGAGGAUCGAUCUGGUAUUUGCCGUAGAUGCGUCAGACGAUGUAAUUGACAAAGAAUUUAUGCAGGAGAAGACAUUUAUCACGAACGUUUUGAACGCCUUCAAUGUCUUGAAGGAUCAAACUCGUGUUGGUGUUGCUACCUACGGAGGAGAGAUUUCUCAAGAUAUUCCGCUCACCAACCAGUUUGACAAGGACAGUCUGUUUGUCGCUGUGAACUCACUUAUCAAGAACAAGGGCAAGGGGAAGUUGUCUAAAGUCCUGGACACGGCUCGUACCAAGCUAUUUACUGGCUCGCGAGACAACGUAGCCAAGGUAAAUUGGGAGUUUAUUAUAUAUAAUAUUCAAAGGUCCAUCUACACGAUACGACUAGUCCUAUAUCAUUCUUAUCCUGGCGUAUAUACUUGACUAAAUGCGUGCAAAGAUGUCACAGUUGAAAUUUCGCCAUAAACCGAUGAACGUAUACGACCUGUAUCAUGCAAAUGGGCCUUCAGUCGAAGACUCGAUUGAGAAGCACGGUUGACAGAUGCGUGAAUCAUGCUACACGUACCUGUAAGGUACGAGACUAAUCCUCCAGCUAUUCAAAAACAGCAUUGACACUUAAGGGAAGCUCAGAUUGAACCUCCACUCUUUGAGUGUGAGUGAGCUUUUAGAAUACAGGCGUAAGUCUAAGGUAGGGCAUUAUUACUUAGAUGGAUGACUACCCUACACUGACGUAAUUUGCUCGAAAACUGAUGGAAGGAAAGAUAAUGGAUGAGUUGCCGGUUCGGAGGCCCCCUUUGUUUUGCGCGGCCAAUUGCCCCCUGGCGAUCCCAUAAUGCAUUGUAUUAUUUGCAAAUGCAAUGUAUUAUGGGAUCGCCAGGGGGCAAUUGGCCGUGAAAAACAAAAGGGGCCUGCGAACCGGCAACUCAUCCAUUAGCAUCGCUACUUGGUAUAGAAUUUUGGCUGAAUCAAAUUAUGUUACUGAAUAUAUUUAAGUAUAGCAACCCCCAAUACCAGGAUAUCUGAUAGUGUUCCACCCCUUACAAAACGACAUUUAACUAAAAAAACUCAUUUUCAUUAAAAGGUGUUGGUCCUGCUGACCUCCAUGAAGAACAAGGCGGCAGAACACCCGGAUAAGGCCGCGCAGGCUUUGAAGAAGUCUGGCAUCGAGGUUGUUGUGGUGGGCGCUGGUUCAACAGAUCGCAGUACUCGUGAUGUUCUAGCGAAAGUUGCAAGCAGUAACUCGCGUGCCUUCCCUCUGGUGUCGUUCAAUGAUCUACUCAAUGACGUCUAUCUCGUUGCUACCAGCGCAUGUCAAGGUACGUAUGAGACACGUCAGGUAGACCACCACCUUUUUGUAAAAUCUAUCUAUUGAUAACUUGGUAUUUACUUUCCAGCUAAACCUGUGACUUUGACUGGUGAACAGAAACAAGAGACCCCAGCUAAACCCUCAAGUAAGUAUUUAUGAUAUUUAAAUAAAUACUUCUGAAAGAAUAAAGAUUAUUCUCAGUUAAGAUAGAUCGGCUUCUCCAGUUAACCUCUUGAGAGAACAGUUUAGAGCAAGAGUUUAGAACAAUUAUCAAUCUGUAUUCUCUUGUAGUGUGUUCCAAGCCUUUGGACGUCGCGUUUGCAUUAGACUCCUCUGAUGACGUCAGCAGUUUCCAAUGGCAACGACAGAAAGAUUUCGUAAGUCAGGUCAUCGAUGGUCUGCAAAUAGCUCCCGAUGGUGUACAUACUGGUAUUGUGGCCUAUGGUGCAAUGCCGACUGUUGAUCUGAAGUUGAAUGUUCGUAAUAAGGAUAAGCAAGCGUUGCUCGAGAGCGUAGCUGGGUUGAGAAGAGCUGUUGGAGAGCGGAAUAUUGGCAGCUUGUUGGAUAUGUCCAAAUAUCAGGUAUAUAGUGCGUUGAACUUUCAAUUUAAUAUUAAAGAAUAAUAAAGAAUGACUUUACUGGACUGUUAUGGAAUGAAAUUCGGACAUAAAUAAGUUUGCUUUAAUUUACUUUUUAUUUACGAAGUUAGUAAAUAAAAGUUUAUUUACAGGUUCAAUAUUUAAACGCUUAUGUUUUUUCACGUAGGUAUUCGGACCUGAUUCAGGCAGGCGUUCAGAUAAGCCAUCGACACUCGUUGUUCUUCAACAUGGCGCAGAUCGUCCAGGAGCAGAUACUGCCAGUGUAAAAAGAUCAUCAGAAGGUCUUCAGAAAGAUGGAGUGCGUGUUUAUGUUGUUGGCGUGGGGUCUGGAGUCUCAAGGAACGAUCUUGUUACAUUUGCUUCUUCAAACUCUGAUGUUCUGCAUCUUCCAUCUUUGAGUGAUCCGGCAAUGGCGCGAAGACUCAUUGAUACUUUGUGUGAAGGUAAGUUGUUGUUGUUGGUGGUGGUGGUGGUGGUAGUCGUUGUCAUUGUCGUUAUUGUUGUCGUGGUUGUUUUUUGCUUUCUUCGGAAAUAUUUAGUAAAAGCAACGACGCAUAACUAUUCUGGAGUUUAAUGAACUUUUUUUUCCAAAGGACCGAAGGAGAAGACUGAAUUUGACGAACCAUCUCUGAGUGAAACUGCACAGAAAUCUUUCACGCAAGAAAUCCGUCCUGAAACGUCUGAUUUACAAAAUGCUUUACUAACAAAAUCCGCUCCAAGUAAGUACUGUGAUAAUGCCCGUCAACUUUGUUGAGUGUAGUUCAUAAAUAUAAAUUACUUUCUUUUGUUUUCAGGUAAACCCAAAGACACAAAAGACACGAAAACGACUGCUGAUAAGCCAGCUGCUCCGGCAGACAAAGCAUCCUCGCAGAAAGCCACAGAACCUGUGAAGAAUGAAGAUAAAGAUUUUUCCAAGAUUGUCAACAUUGUAGCAGGUAAAACGUUAAUGAUGGCCGAUUAAUUUUGGCGAUAAACAACCCAGGAAUGAGAUUUCAAAAGAUUUCUUUGUAGCCAAACUGUCCAUUGCAUUUUAUACUUGAAUAUGAAGGAAAAGAAAUAAAAAGACAAAGUGUGAUAGAAGAUUUACAAGCAUCCAUGCACUAUGUAGUCUUCUAUUUUUAGCCACAUUUUUGAUUUCUGAAAAAGUGCGCAAAUAUGGCAAGUUUAAGAAUCGUCCUGUAGAAAUACUGGACCAUAAGGGAUGAUUCUUGCUGUGUGUCUACACAAGAACCGUCUAGAACUGAUAGCAUAAUUUUGUGGAAAUGAAUAUUUAAUCCAACCCAAUUUUGUUUCCAACAGGAAGCUGUCGUGAGAUAAAACGUCGUGUCCGUGGCGCCGAGGAUGGUGAAUUCCCCAUCAUGUUUUCACCGCAUUGUGCUCCAGUCAAACUAUAUUGUCACGGCAUGGACACAGAACGCCCUCUGGAAUACCUCACUUUACCUUCUGGAUCUGAUAAUAACUACGCUUCGUUCCACAAGGAAAGACUGAAAAAUUUCCAUAAUUGUGAUGGACCCACUGACCCAAGUCCUACUUUGACUGCGAGAUAUUGGGGAACCACCAAGUACGUGCUUAUUUAUAUUUGGAUAACUAAUUUGUACCGUCAAUGGUUCUUUUGAUGCACACUCGCGAAAACACUCUGGAAAACGGUUUCCCUAAUAGUAACAAUGGAUGGUUAUACCGUUGACUAUCUUCGGCAUAACCAUUCAACUUGGAUGGUUAUACCGUUGACUGUCUUCGGCAUAACCAUUCAACUUGGAUGGUUAUACCGUUGACUGUCUUCGGCAUAACCAUUCAACGUGGAUGGUUAUGCCGCUAACUGUCUUCGGCAUAACCAUUCAACGUGGAUGGUUAUGCCGCUGACUGUCUUCGGCAUAACCAUUCAACUUGGAUGGUUAUGCCGCUGACUGUCUUCGGCAUAACCAUUCAACGUGGAUGGUUAUGCCGUUGACUGUCUUCGGCAUAACCAUUCAACUUGGAUAGUUAUGCCGUUGACUGUCUUCGGCAUAACCAUUCAACUUGGAUGGUUAUGCCUUUGAAUAUCAUCAGCAUAACCAUUCAACCUAAUUCAGAAAGUUAAUCACAUAACCAUCGUUCACUUUGCCCCCAAAAGCGCGGUGCUCUAUGCCACUUCUGCCAUAUGGUUAAUCCGGCACUGGUAUUGACAGUGAACAUAUCAGGGAAUUCUCGUACUGGACCUCUAUGAAGAAUAGCUUAGAACUGAUAGAGAUGUGUGGUAUAAUAAGGGCAGAGCUAUUUAGUAUGUAAUCUUUUGAAUUCAGGAAGUAACGAAUUCUAUUUCUUUGCAGAUUCAGCAAGGUUCGUGUGAACCCCAAGAACGGUUUGAUAAAGCAAAAUGACUUCAGAUUCGCCAUUUCUGAAGGAAACCCCGUGAAGUUUGGCAGGGGCGGAGACUGCUUCUCAUUGGGCGAAUGUCGCCGUGGCGGUUUCCAGAUGGAUCUCUCUGGGACUGGGCUCGAAUUACGUGAUGACAUCAGAUGGGGAUCCUGGGGUGCGCCUAAGGGCAGCCGGAUGAUAAACUUCACAAGAUCCCCUGAUCGUACCAAAGUGUCCGCGGUUUGUGGAGGAUCAUGUGGUGGAUGUCAACCUGCGAAGGGGCGGAUAUACCUUGUGCCUUCAUCUUGUAAUGCUCCUUUGGGUAAGUGGUUUUUAUAAUCUAUAUAAAUUACAACAGUUAGAAAUAGCCGGCUCCAGGCGUUAACCGGAAAUUAUGCAGGAGGUCCCCUGUUUCAAUAAGUCUCAACUUCAUGUCUUUUGCAAAAUAGAGCAAAAUUUGUGGCCGUUACAAAAUUCGUCUUCAACAUUAGUCAUUUUAUCUGAACUUUAUUUCGAAUCGUGCUACAAUCUACAAAGUGGGGAGAUUAAAAAGAUUAUGCAGGCUCUCUUUUUCUUGAAAAUUAUAUUUAUUUUGUGCUAUGUGUGUGUUGUGAAAGAAGUCUUUCUAUUUUGAAUAAUUAUUGGAAUUUGUAAGAAUCCAAAGUAGUAUAUAUUCAUCUAUUCAUCGUGCGUUUUUCUAGUUUGAGAUUUGAUUUUACAAAUUCUAGUAAGUAAGAAAUUGAAACAAAAAUUUAUCUCUGAGUAAAUAUUUCUGUAUGCCAAUAUUUGUAUCUAAAUCCUUCUACCAAACUAUUUCCAAUUAAAAAUCUUCAAAUAAUAACGUUACGUAAUAAUGUAUUAAUUUAGAUCUCUGAAUUAUCAGUCAGUAUAUAUAGAAUAAAAUCGAUUUCUAAACCAUAAUAAAAGAUUUAAAAUAAAUUUUAAAAUUUAUCUACCUGCAUGCAUUAUUUCCUUGCGAAUAUUAAAGCUUUUCAAAUUCGUUCAGCCUUAUAUGGAUGGCACAGAGCAUAGAGCAUGGACGUGAACCAUGUUUGUUUACAGUAAAGAAUAUUUAUGAAAUACCCUUCUUGAGGAGGCUUAUUUUCUACAAUUAAUUUUGUAGGCAAACAAAUGAAGAGAUCGGUUGUCGAAGCCACAGAGCUUUUGGACGAACCUUCAAAACCCGAACACGACACCAGACAUCAUGUCCAUUCGCACAAACAUAGUAGUUUACACGGGAAGCGAGGUGAAGUUGUCACAAAGACCUCCAAACAUCACAGCAAAGUCUUUAAAAACAUUUCUAAAAACAUUUAUUGUUCGGCAAACAUCGUCGAAACAAAAAACAAGUAA